AUGUCUCGCCAUAGCAGUAGGAAGUCCCAUGACUGGAGUACGUCCCGCAAUCAUCAUGAAGAUGAAAGACCAAGCAGAAGUCGGAGAGACUCGUCGCCUCCUUUGGAAUCACCUCGCCAUUCAAAGCACAGCGUUCUAUCACCUCGAAGCGGUCGAAAAUCACUGGGAAGCAGAAGAAGAAGUCGAGGCUCUGAUGGCUCGUACGUUUCCUCAGGACAUAAGAGAUCUGGAAAGAGUAGCCGAAGAAAAUCAGCAAAGUCUCCGUCCUUUUCCAGGUCUCCAUCGCCAGUAAGAAAACCUAGGCGGCAGCAGAGUGACGUAAUUCACCGUAAAUCCCACUCCGAGUCCCCAUCUCCACCUACAAAGCCCAGGCGAUAUAAGAGUGACGGCUACCGUGAGAGUCGCAUAGAUCGAAGAAGAAGCCAUUACGCGGGGGACAAUGAUUCUGUCGAUUUACCAGACGAUGAUCAUAAUGCUGGUGGUAGAGAUAGAGAUAGACGAUCAUCUUAUCGAAACCGCAACUCCUCACGGAGAUCUCGUGCGUCUUCUAGACGCCAUCAUUCGCGACGUUCCGAGUCAAAUUCUCCUAGUCGUCGCCACCGUCGAAGUCGUCGGGAUCGUGAUCGUAGCCGAGGUUACGAUCGUGAAAGGGAUAAUAACGAUGUAGAUCGACGCUAUUACGAUGAAAAGGAAAACGAACGACAUCGAUUGUCUGGACGCUCCAGACGAGAUCGUCGGCGUCGGGAUUCGUCAUCUUCUUACUCGAUUGAAGAAGAGGAUGAUCGGCGACGCAAUCGUAGUCCCAAGAAAAGUGAUGGUGGUAGGGGCAUUAGCCGACGCCGAACAAGACGAAGUCAUCGACGACCGAAACGACGUCAUUCAAGCUCACCGUCGGUGCCAUCCGAUCGAGACGAUCUCCCGCGCCAACAGUCGCCAAUGGAAGUUGCACCUCGAGCGGGUGUAGUCAGCGAGGAGGAAGAUGUGGUGCAGCCUCCAGCACCUGCUGUCGAAGUCACCAAGAACCCCGAGCCCUCAAAGACUGCUGAGAAGAGCAGCAAAGAAAAGAGCAAGGAGAAAUCGAAACGCAGUACUUCUCAGCACAAUGAUGACGUUGGUCAUUACCAAGGUGGAAAGGGGUCCAUUCUCAAUGAAAAGUACAGUGUCAUACGAGAAGUAGGAGUGGGGACAUUUGGUCGUGUACUGGAGUGCCAUGAUCUAUCCAAGAAUGACCAACAUAAAAAGCAACGAAGACGCCCACAGCAGAACGAUACAGUUGCCAUCAAGGUCGUCCGCAACAUCAAACGAUAUUACAAAUCCGCUCGCAUCGAGGCAGAUAUUCUCGCCGAUGUAAAUCGAAAAGGUGGCCGAGGAUUGUCUCAUUGUGUCAUUAUGCAUGAGACGUUCAGUCUUGAUGGACACUAUUGUAUGGUCUUUGAGAGCCUUGGCUCUUCUCUUUACGACUUUAUGAAGCGUCAAAGGUACCAGCCAUACCCUCCAGAUCUUGUCUAUGAUUUUGCGAAACAACUGCUGGAAACGCUCGAGUUUAUUCACAGCUUCAAACUGAUUCAUACAGAUCUCAAGCCUGAGAAUAUCUUGCUCGUGAAUGACCGAGAAAUCAAACGCAACGGCUAUUGGAUUCCAGAAUCGACAAGGAUAAAAGUCAUCGAUUUUGGAGGAGCUACCUAUGAUAACGAGAAGAAGAGUUCCAUUGUCAAUACAAGGCAAUACCGGGCUCCAGAAGUUAUAUUAGGUACGGGCUGGAGUAUGGAAUCAGACAUGUGGUCGGCAGGUUGUAUAUUGGCUGAAAUGUACCAAGGCGAGUUAUUGUUUGCCACUCAUGAUAAUGUGGAACACCUAGCUCUGAUCGAAAGAGUCAUAGAUCGCUUCCCACGAUGGAUGAUCGAGCGGGGAAAGCAAGAGGAAUUAAUUCGCGAAGCCUUCCAUUCGGACGGAAUGCAUAAAAUGGAACGUGCUUUGGAACCAGAGAGCAUGUCCUAUGUGAAACGAAUCAGAUCAUUGGAAUCCAUGGUGUUCCCGGAGGACGAAUGGUUUCUAUCAAUGCUACGGCGUAUUUUAGUGAUUGAUCCCAACCGUCGAUCCACAGCCAGAGAGUGCCUCAACAACUCGAAACUUUGGACACGAUAG